AUGCCUUCAAGCCUGAAGAAAAAGAGAUCAAAGCGCAAAGCUAUGGACUCUGAUCCCAAGGAACUAGAAGCUCUGGCCAAGAGAGCACGUGCAGGGACAGGAGGACGGGGCGCUCAACUGGAGAAGAUAGGUGCAAUUUUGCAUGCUCCAGUGCGGACCAGCAAAUCCAAGGGUGCCACCUCCCUGGAUCCGGCUGUUCCAGCAAACCCUCUUGCUCCACAACCACCUCGCAAGGGUCGCAGGAGUCAUUCCAAGCCCUUCACCAGAACUAAGCACCACAACUUCCAAAUCACGCUCGAAGAAAACAAAGACUCCUGUUGUUUCUGCACCAACCUUCGAGUUAUCAAACCCUCAGCCUACUUUUCACAACGGGAAGCUGGUGGACGAUACGGUUUUUCACCACCAAUCGUGCCCCCCAGCACGGAACCAGACCUUCAAGCAUUGAACAACUCAUUCGUGGCCGCAUCCAAGGAGAGGCACGCCCUGCCUGUUCCCAAUCAUUCCCAAAGUCAGACUCAUGCUACUAUUCCUGCCGUCAAAGGUCGUGUACCUUCCAGCACCUCCUUGACUACCGUAGUGCUACCAGAUGCUGACUUUUACAAGAACUUGGAUCCUGCUCUCCGGAUGACCAGACCGUCAGGUACACAAUCCGAACAGUCGGACACAUCCAAGGAUGAGUCAUCUAGCUCAGAUGAAAGUAACGGAAAUGAGCAAAUGGGGUGGGGAGAAGUCCAUGGGCAUCAUAGUACACACCCUGGGUUUUUGAGAGAAGAGCCACCACCCCAACCUCAGGUGGUGACCGCUCUUCCAACAGAUUUUGAAUUUCAGUAUUCUCGCGAUGAAGGUGAUGAAGUUGCCAAGAAGACUUUCACUGUUGGUGGUGAUCUGAGCGAGGAUGGUACAACGAUGGAUCAAGAGAGUGACCCCAAUCUGAGUGACGUCUUGAAUCUUCACCACAAGAGAAAUGGCCGCCCCCGACUUCCUGAUCCUGCUCUCCUGGAGCUUCUCCGUGCUGCCAAGAUAGAUGCCUCUAACUCAAAGGCAAAACAGAAACGGAAGCACAAACAGAAAUCGAAAUCGAAACAGAAGUCAAGGGUGGUCAAUGGAUCCGAAUCCGAUAGAUGGUAUAGUUCACGCUGGAAGAGUUUCCUCGAGGAUGCGAAGGCGGAGUGUCGUACCCAGCAGGCAUUGGAUAACCCUUUCCCGAGCCUUAUUCAUGAUCUGCCGGUCUCAAUCACAGAGUCGCUCUUAGCCUCUCUCGUUCAAUGGCUUAAAAAUGGCCAACAAGUUGAUGCUGGUGUGUGGCCCGCUCGUAAGCCUGACAUGGCGAGGCUGCUGUAUGAUGACUUGGCCACCUGGCACUCUGACCUGAAGAAAAUCGCGAUUUCCAUCACCUCUUCGGCAUACAGUCUUUCCCCACUAGCUGAUAUCCCCGUUGAAGAACGUGCAGCUUGGGUUGAAGCUGCCACCACAGAAUUACUGGAUGGUGGUAGAUUUCUGCACUUUGGGCUAGAUGAAUUGGGGAAAACUAGGAAUUUUGCGCAUCCUGCGCUUCUUCAGGCCAUUGUCCUAUUUUUCUACACCGGAACUUAUCGUGUUGCUC